CAAAAUAGAUCGCUUUUGAUGUUUCGCUUUUACAAGUUGUACUCGUUGUACAUGAACAACAUGGCCAGCGGACUCACGUGCCAGCGGGAGUGGUGCCUGUGCGAGAAGCUGCCCCGAGCGAUGCUCCACGUCCCGGUGAACCGUCAUCUGCUCUGCGAGGUGUGCGGAUUGGCCAGACGUCCCCCGGCCGAACACAGAUCCUCCAGCGACGAGGAGGCAGAGCUGGCCGCCGAACGCCAGAAGAUUUUCCUGGAGCAACGUCGCGCGGAGCAGUCCAAAAAGAGUCAGCUGACUCGGGUGAAGGUGGCCAUUAAGGCCAGGAAACCAAAUGCCAGAACCAGUUGCCGGACGAACUGCGUCAAGUGUGGUGGCUUGUCCAUAGGUGAACAGAAAGGUAAUUGUGGAGCCGAAGGGGUAAAAAGCAAGUUGUAUUCGGGUCGUCAUGGCUUGUACUCGAAGCCAAAGAAGAUGCCCCGACGCCAGCAGGAGCCCACAGCGCCACCACCUUCCUCGCCUUCGCCUUCGCCCCCGCCCUCGCCUCCUUCUCCGCCCUCGCCUCCACCUCCGCCACGACGUCCUCCUCCACAAUCGGGGUCACCUUGGAAGGAGAUGCCAAACCUGGUUACCAUGGCCCAAGACGUUUUCGUCCGCAAAAAUUUCGAACGCCAGAGCUACAGCAAUCUCUUUGUCAGCAACUUUAUCCCGUUGACCAGUCCCAUUACCAGUACCUCCGGAGGAGCCAUCUCCAAGAGGAGCAGAUAUAGCUCUUGUCCGCCACGCUGCCACAGAAGUCGUCCGCUGCCACCACUGGCCCAAGUACUGACCAACAUCUUGGCCAGUCAAAAGUCGCUGGAAGACAGAGAGAAGGGCGGUGGCCUGAACACCCAGAUGUCCAGGGAUUCGCUGGACAUCGAAAGCGAGCUGGCCAGCCAGUUCUGUCCCUUCGACCAAUACGAGGGUCCAUCAGAAGACGCCCUCGUCGUGAAUAGUGCUCGCUACCUUCUCCAUCGACCCAACUCGUUGUACAUUGAACCACGGAGGGAUUUACACAACAAUCGCAUCGAGUCCUUGGAAUUUCAACUAAGAAGUGGCUAUGGUUCGGCAUCGCCUUCCCUUUCCAAAGUCCCCUCAAAUUCCGAGGUCGGAAGUUUAUCAGGUAUCCAACGUCCUUGCUUCUUUAUGCCGAAAGCGGUUCGCAAAAAUCUGAUAAAGACCAUCAACCAAAUCGGUGGUAGUAGUUCUAGCAAAAAUAGCACCUUAAGCAGCGACACCUUCAAUCCUUCCAUUCUCCGGAAGACUGGACAAGAAAACGACGCAAAGGAGACCGGAAAAUCCGAGGAGCCAGCUGAAGAGAGAUCCUCCAUCUUUGCCUCCAUUAUGGAUCAUGUUUUUCGUUCACGGAUAACCAAAAGUUCAUCCGGAAACUCCCGGAAUGGCAAUGGCCCUGAUUUGGACCAGCUCAACCAUAAACACAUAGUUGAAAACCAUUCCACCGAGGAUCAAGAAACAAAUUCGUUUUUAAGUGACGUGUCAACUGAUCAGACUGUACUUUCUUUAAAUAAAACAAAGCCCCAUCAAGACUAUUCCAAACGAUGCUCAACAACACAAAGUUGUUCCAGCUCGGAACGGGAUUUCAAUAGAAUAGGCGGGUCUUCACCAAAAACUAGUGAAAAAAAAAUGUGUUCAGGCCAUGUUAAGUCCAAAUCAAUAUCUACAAUGUGUGACCGUUGUGGAAACCACCGAAAAGUAGAGGAUCCCAUAAUAAAGAAAGGAGAUAUAUUUCAUAAAAAGCUCGACGAAUCUACAAAACUAGAUGAGAAUCAAAAAGGAAACGCAAUAAGACAGAAACUAGAUAACAAAGGAGGUACUCCUGGAAAAAAAGAGUCAAUAGAGCAGAUGAAAUCUCCUAAGGUAGAAAAUUACGAAGAAGAAAUGGAUAACAAGAAAAGAAUUCAAAUUCCAAAGCGGAACAAUAUAAAAAGGCAAUCCAUCCAUACAAUAUUUCAAAGAAAAGGUCGAAGAAUUUCUUUUUCGCAUUCUAGCUCAUCACAAACUCAUUGCAAAACUGAUCAAUGUGUAAGACAUGUUCCCAACAUUAUACAAACUGAAAGAAAGGAAAGUAAGAUAAAACCGAGCAAUAAGCCAUUAAUAGUUAAUAAUCAGCCUGUAACAAAGGUUCCAUCAAGUACAAAUUCUGGUAGAAAAGAAAAGGAAUCCGUUGAAGACAAAGUGGCUGGCAGAGAUGCGAAUUUGACCAAAGCGCUUUUACCGGUAAACAGUUUUAGAUUAUGUAGGCAUAAAGAUCAGUUAAUCUCCUGGAGUGUGGUCAAAACCUUCGAGACAGUUUCCCACGUAUGCGCUGUCAUCCCCAAGCUCCAUAUCGCGUCCUUUGUAAUUGACUUGGUUGAUACGAGUAAAGGUGUUAAAGGCUACAUAAAAGAAAGUUGCCUUACAGAUCGACCUUUCAUGUCGCUCUUCGAAUUUCGUAGGCCUGACAUUGAUCCCAGCGAACUGGAAUCUCACCGAGAUAAAGCGGGAAUUGCAGAUGAUGAAAGCGGACCAGAAACUCCGGUUCCCCAUCUUGCUACUCCUAAAGGAUUUAGCCGAUCUAUAAAGCAACGAAAAAAACGCAAAAAUCCCUGUCUACCGGUCUGGCCAGCCCAUCCACUAAAAUACCGAAGCCGCAAGAUCCAGUACGAAGAACUUGAAUUGUCAUUUGACAUGCAACCAAAUGAAAUGAUAGAACCCAACGAAUCCUUUAUGCAACAAAAAAAGAGGAUUCAAACGGAGGAAAUUAUUACCAGCAUAUACGAUGAUCAAAAGUUCUCCCAGUCGGAUAUUUUUUGGGACAUGAGUGCAGAGGAAGAAGCAAAGGCAAAACCAAUAAAACUAAUUAAGGGUAACUCAUUAUUUUUGAAUAGUAAUAAACCUACCCAGUCGGAUAUUUUUAACACUCAAGACGAACGGACGAAAUGGAAUACUUCGAAAGUAGAUUUAGAAAGUAUAGGAAAAGAACCCAAAGAAAAGAGUUUGGGAAUAAUACCCAAGAACCCUGUCAUUAAAAAAAUCGAUGACAAUCAUUUCAAGGAACAAAAUCCGAGAAAAGAGAGCGAAAUUUCACAAAUUCUUUUCAAUCAGGUGGUUCCCAUAACCGAUCCCCAUUUCACAUCUUCAAAAGUGAGCGAUAGAAUAAGAAAACAAAUAGACAACUCGCUGCAAUUGAAGCUCAAAAAAAUGAUGACUAAGCCGAUAAAACUGCUAACAUCGACUGAAUCGUCAUCAGUUUCAAAAUUUUUGGAACCAUUUUCAAAUAAAUUGGCUAGUACAGAAGAAAAGGAUCAAAACUCUUUGCGGAACAGUUUGUCACUGAACCCAAAAACAAAAAGAGAUGAUUUUUAUGACUCUUCGAAAGGAACAAAGGUUUUCAGCCACGCUGCAGGUAUAACUCCUUCCAAAGAAACUGAAGUUGAUAAUUCCGAAGCUCCCCUACCAAGCACAUUAACAAGUAUUUUAGAGCCGACUUUAAUUACCAAUUCCCAAAAAAAUGUUCCCUUCCAAAAGCCACUGCGUCUUAUAACCAACAUUACCAACUCGUCAUCCUCUAGUGACUUUGAAUCGAACCACAUUUCUACGGGGUUAGAAACUGAUUCCGAUGCACCCUCGGAGCCAAAAAUCACGCACAGAACAACUGAAUAUAUAGGUUUACCAGCGCUAAACUGGCAAGUAAUUUCUCUGGGACUAGCCAAACCAAGCGAAUCUAUUGAGGGUCCUUUGGAAUCAACGGAGGAAGAAGAAUAUGUAUGUCCUGUUUACAUGUGCAUGGAUCGCCUGAAAUUUAAAACAUUCGCUUCCCACUUCGAUCGAUGUCAUAAACAUAAAGGUGAACAGAAUGGAUUACCGCAAGAAUAUUUUCAUCGAGUGGUGGAAGGAUUACCGAAGCAGUUCUCAUUCGACGGAGACCUGCUCACCAAAGGAAACUCUUUUGUGUCCCUUCUGUAUUACAGCAGUUUAACAAAGGAUACCUCUUCUAGAUCACUACCAAUUCGAGAUUAUCCCCUGGCGUUAAUAGCUGCUCCUCAAACGGUAAAUGAUGAACCAUCAACUCGAAUUUUCUUCUGGUUGGUGGGUUUUCCCUCGAGCACGAAACUUCUCGCCAAGCUCACAGUCUACGACCCAUUGGAACAUUUUGGUCGGAGUAGGAUCAUAAAGCCCCGAGAUUUAUCGCAGAGCCAAGACCCACUAGGGUUCGUUGCAAAUUCUAAAGAUCACUUGCUGAUAACAGUUCCACACAAGAAACGAAGACGGUUUCAAAUAACUGUGGUGAUAGAUGAAUUGUAAAUUUUAGUUAUUAAAAUUUGAAUAUUUUCUUUA